GUUUCAGUUGGCACUGUUUGCAAUUCCUCUUGUUAAUGCAGAAAGCUCAAUUAACCCUAUUUAUGCUGAAUGUUUUUCUUUUUUUGCAAACUAAAUGCAACAGCUUCUAUCCUCUAUAUCCACCAGCUGAAGGCAUACCCAUUGAUUAUUCUCUUGCUCCAGAAGCUCUUCAGAUGUCAACUGUCCCAGAUAUACUCAUCUUACCCUCGGACUUGGCUCAUUUUGUUAGGGUGAUCUCCCUUGGGGAAAGAAGUGAAGAGGAAGAAGUAAAGUGCAUUUGUGUGAAUCCUGGACGACUUUCAAGGGGAGAAGGAGGAGGUUUCUUUGUGGAGCUUAAUUACCACGGAAGCUGUGAUUUGUCUAGUGCUUCAGUUAUUCGUAUAUAGAACUAAGACUUGGAAUCUUCUUGCACUCUAUAAUUUAGCAGCCAGAAACUCAUGAACUAAAUCACCACGACUAUGAAGAACUUGGGCACACUGCACUCUUGAAGGCUUCUCAUGGAUACUAACACAAGAAACAAGUGUGCUGUGGCUGAAUCUACUCCGUUGGUAUGUUCAGCUCCAUUACUCAGAAGCAAGUGUCUAGAUAUUAAGGAAGUCGUUAUAGCUGGUCAGAGCAUCUUACGCAACCUUACAAGUUCAGCUGCUGUCUGAGGUCAAUAUUUAGGAAGUUAAAUUUUCUGUCUGGCUCAUUAUAGCAUCUCAGCUACUCGGAGAAGUUCUGCUACCUUGUCCGUGGGGGUUAGAGAAUAUAUAACAUAAAACUACUGUCAUGGUCUGUUAGUUGUAGGUAAUUAUCUUCUGGCGGAAUCCUUUUCUAUAUGGUGAAAUACAAAUUUGCUAAGGUUGUCUGCUAUGAGAUGCAGGAGAGAGGAAGCUCAACUCUUUUGAGUUCAAGUGGUCAACCAGCCCCAUAUAAGAUUCCUUUUUGCAAUGAGUCAAUGGCUGCGUAUAAGAAAGAUUUUACGUGCUUGUUUGAAUUUUUUCCAAGACUUCAGUUUGCAACCCAGUUUUUUUUUUU